AUGCCGACCUUUGGAGGCCUACUCAAGAAGCGGCGGACGAAGGACUCGAAAUCCAAGGACCUUGACUCUGCUCCGGAGACCACUGUGGCCGUCUCUCCUCCCACCGCUGCCGUCUCUGCGCCCGCUGCGAUCGCCGGCCAUACCGCUCAACAGCCCAGCCAGCCCGGUCAACACCAACAGCUCAGCCAACAGCCCGGCCAACAGUCCAGCCAGCAGUCCAGCGUGAAUAACGACGCUGUCGGUGCCGCUGAACACUCGAUCUCUGCCUCCUCUGCGCCUGCUGCUGGCGUUGCCGCCAUUGACUCGCCCUCCAGCACUCUCGCGCCCGCUCUCGCCAACAUGUCCACCACCUACCAGCGUCCCAGUCCUCACCCGGCCUCGGGGCCAGGCGACGUCUCGCAGUCGAGAUCUCCCCAGCAGACGCAGCCUUUCGGCCGAGUCCAUCUCGUCCAGUCUAUACACAACCAGCGGUUCUACGCUAUAAAAGUGCUCAAGAAGGCACAGGUGGUCAAGCUAAAGCAGGUCGAGCAUACGAACGAUGAACGCGCGAUGCUGGAGCGGGUCAAGCAUGCGUUCCUGGUUACGCUCUGGGGCACCUUCCAGGAUGCAAAGAACCUCUACAUGGUGAUGGAUUUCGCCGAGGGCGGCGAAUUGUUCAGUCUGCUCAGGAAGUCGCAGCGGUUCCCAAAUCCAGUGGCGAAAUUCUAUGCUGCCGAAGUUACUCUGGCUCUGGAGUAUCUGCACUCGAAGAACAUUGUUUACAGGGACCUGAAGCCGGAGAAUCUCCUCUUGGAUAAGAACGGGCACCUGAAAAUCACAGAUUUUGGUUUCGCGAAGGAAGUAAGGGAUAUCACAUGGACUCUCUGCGGCACUCCAGACUAUCUGGCUCCCGAAGUCGUCUCGUCCAAGGGCUAUAACAAGUCCGUCGAUUGGUGGUCCCUCGGUAUACUCAUCUUCGAGAUGCUCUGCGGCUUUACUCCGUUCUGGGACAGUGGCUCCCCCAUGAAAAUAUACGAAAACAUCCUAAAAUGCCGUGUCAAAUACCCUCCCUCUCUAGUUCCAGAUGCACAGGAUCUUCUAUCUCGACUAAUCACGCCGGAUCUUACUAAGAGGCUGGGCAACCUGCACGGUGGAUCGGAGGAUGUCAAGAACCAUCCGUGGUUUGCGGAGGUCACUUGGGAGCUACUUGCCCAACGGCGGAUAGAUGCUCCCUAUAUACCACCUGUCAAGGGUGGAUCGGGCGAUGCCUGCAUGUUCGAUACCUACGCGGAAGAGACGGAACAGUAUGGCCUCCCUGCAGAGGAUGAAUACGGCCAUCUCUUCCGCGACUUUUAA